AGAACGCUCUCCGGCUCUCCAUCCACGGGCGGGACGGGCGAACGACGUUGUCGACGUCGACGCCGGCUUGAUUCUUGUCAUUCCGCGUCACGGACAAAUCGCCGCAAACAUGAGCUCGUUUCCGGGUCGAAUGAAGGAAUAUCCUUACAUUUCUCUGGAUCGCUUCGAUCAUGAGAACUUGCACGCGCGCGCCUACUUCCUGUCGCACUGUCACAAGGAUCACAUGAGAGGAAUAAAAGCACCCAAGCUGAAGAGAAGACUGCGCUCCAGCCGUCGAGUCAAACUGUACUGCUCACUGGUGACCAAAGAGCUUCUGCUGAGCAGCCGCAAACACCUCUUCUGGGAGAAAUUCAUUGUUCCCUUGGAGCUGGAGAGUCCGACUCAGAUCUCGCUGGUGGACGAGGCGUCAGGAGAGGUGAGCCGCGGCCUCGCGCCCCGCGGACGCUCUAUGGAAACUCUGGAAGAAUGUGAAAUGUUGUCCCGCGCAGAGCGAGGAGGUGGUCGUGACGCUGCUCCCCGCCGGACACUGUCCCGGCUCCGUCAUGUUCCUGUUCGAAGGUUGCCAUGGCAACGUGUUGUACACGGGAGACUUCAGGCUGGCCCUGGGAGACGCCGCCAGGAUGGAACACCUGCACUCGGGCAGCAGGGUGAAGGACAUCCGGAGCGUCUACGUGGACUCCACCUUCUUCGACCCGCGCUUCUACCAGAUUCCUUCCCGGGUAAACGCAGAACCGAGGAGUCAAAACACAUCCCGGCAUUGUUUAUUUGGCUGUGUGCAAAAUACAAAAAUAAGAUUGAUAGAGUGACCAAAAAGAACCCACCCACCCCCAAAAAAGGAAAUAAAUCAUCUCCGCGUUGUCCAAAUUUCCCACCGAACCACGUCAGCAUGACAACUGGGAACGACAAGUCGAGCCAGGGAAUGAUCGGCCUCACCGUGAUGUCAUUGUUGACCGCGCCCGCGCUUGCAUGUGUGCACGCGCAGGAGGCGUGCGUGAGCGCCGUCUUGCGUCUAGCCGGCGACUGGAUCGCCCGCAGCGCCCUCCACGUGGUUUGGCUCAACUGCAAGGCGGCCUACGGCUACGAGUACUUGUUCACCCGCUUGGGCCGGGAGUUCAACACGCGGGUAAAAACGCCGCCGAGACACUCGGCCGACAUCUCGCCCCCCCUUCGCCGCGCAGGUGCACGUCAACAACCUGCUGAUGUUCCGGAGGAUGCCGGAGAUCCUGAGCUACGUGACCACCGAGCGUCAGACGCAGAUUCACGCCUGCCGACACCCGAAGAGCGAGCAGUAUCUCCACGGCAACCGGCUGCCGUGCGGCUGCCGGUCCCGCGACGGCGCCAACCUGCGCGUGCUCAGCGUCAAGCCCACCACCAUGUGGUUUGGGGAGAGGAUGCGCAAGACCGACGUGGUCAUCAAGUAAUGUCCGGCCCGCCGCGCCCGCCCGCCGGGACGCCGCGCUCAUCCUCUUUUGGUUUUUGCAGAUCAGGAAGCGACGCCUUCCGAGCGUGUUUCAGCUUCCACUCGUCCUACUGCGAGGUCAAAGACUUCCUGUCCUAUCUGCGACCCGCGCGGGUGUUCGCCAACGUGGUCCCGAUGGGGCGCACGCUCGCCGAAGUCACGCGCAUGCUGCAGACGACGUGCAGGAAGCGGCCGCGGGACGACUCGGCUUACAAACCGCUGGGCUUGCUCAAAGGCCGCCGCGCCGCACCGACGCCUCCCCGCGGUGAGACGCGCACAUCCGAUACACGGGCCACCUCAAAAAGCGCACAACCAAAACUGGCGCGCCACAAAGAAGGCCGUCCGCAAGACAUGCUUGAAAGAAGCCGGGCACCCGACACGCCUCAAAGACGAGCCCCUCCAAAACACACGCCGCAAACGGGCGCCGCAGCGUCACGCAGACGGGCCUCAAAAGCGCCACCUCACAAAAGCACCUUCAAGACAACUUCUCUCACGCUCAUCUUUGUCCCGUCAGAUUGGGAGAGCGACGAUGACCUCUUUGAUAGCAGUCCGCCGAAGAAAAAGCCGCGGGAGCGUCGGCGCGUCCCCGACGAGCGCAGAGGGCAGACGCCGGCGCCCCCCACCCCCGAGGAGGACUCGCCGCAGCCCGUCACAUGUGACGCCAACCACGAGGAGCGCAUCGAUAACAACUUCCUGGACUGUACGGAGUCAAACGACGACGACAGCGAGGAGGGCGGGCAAAGCGAGGAAGACGAGCAAAGUGAGGGAGACGAGAGCGCGACGAAAUGGCGCGGCCAAACGGGAAGCGUGGCGGGGGAGCCGCCCAAAUGGGAGGACUUCUUCACCGCGGAGCCGCUCCCCGACAGCCAGAAGAGCCUCAACAGCCAAUCGCCGCCCGGCUGGCGCACGCCCGAAGCGUCGAGCGAGCGGGAAGACGACGUCGACCACGUCGACGACGACUUUUCCCUUUCGCUGUCCGCCUCAGCGUCCAAUCAUUCGUCGCAGAACCGCGACGCGGCGGCCGGUGACGCCCCGUCGGAAGCGGACGAGCCGACGCCCCCCUCGUUGGACUUUGACAUUCCCUGCACGCCGGACUCCAAAAGGCCGACGCCCGAGCAGCUGACGGGCCUCUACAGGAAAUUGGCCCGCGGAGACGACCUUUCCUCUCCCGACUGAAGCCAAAAAAGACCAAUACUCAAAUACUGCGCCAUCAAUCCCAAAACAACAAAAAAUAAAAAUAAAAGGAGUUUUUCAGA